AUGGAGGAAUCCACCUCUCUCCACGUCUGCCAGUACCUCGCAGCUGUGUCGCUUUCCGAGAUGACGGUCAUUUUUCCUAUACAGACCCGGAACCAAAGAGCCGUGCUUGCGGUGGCUUUCACAUUCUCGAUCUUGGCCGUCGUCGCGGCGUCCUUGCGCUUGUUGGCCCAUCAUAUUGCGCAUAAACCAUGGACUGCGAGUGAUUACUUUCUGAUUGCCGCCUGUUUCUUCGCGGUCGGUCUCCAGUCCAUCAGUAUCACUGGCGUAUUCCAGGCUGGUAUCGGCUUCGACCAUAUGACGUCCAUCGUGGCCGUCUACGGGAUGGAGCCGGUCACCAAACUGUUCCAGCUGAUCAUCCCGCUGCAGUUCACAUGGGUGCUAAGCCUCAGUUGCACCAAGAUCUCCAUCCUGCUGUUGUAUCUCCGCAUCUUUCCGGUUGUGUCGGUCGUGCGGGUCGCCUGGGCCACCAUCGGCGUCAUCGUCGCUUGGGCCAUCGCGACAAUCCUGGCUGGGUGUCUCAUCUGCCGGCCCUUUGCCUUCAACUGGGACCAGACCAUCCCUGGCGGAUCGUGCGGAGACCAGGUUACCUCGUUCACAGCGACGGGGGUGAUCAAUCUCGUUACUGACGUGGUCGUGCUCGUGACGCCGAUGCCGUCGCUAUACCGGCUGCAGAUGGCAACGUACAAGAAGGUGACCCUGAUUACCGUCUUUGGAUUGGGAGUAGUCACCUGCGUCAUCAGCGCACUCCGUAUCUCCGUGCUCUCCUCGAUGGACUUCACCGACAUCACCUACACGAUCCCCCGUGCCAACAUCUUCAGUGGCCUGGAGCCCUGCCUCGCCGUCGUGCUUGCUUCGGUUCCGAUGAUGCGACCGCUACUGGGUCGCUCGGUCUACACGCCCAACGGAACAGGUCCCAAGUCCUCGGCACCGUCGGCAGGGCCCAAGGCCGAUGCUCCCGCUCCGGGUGACGGAUUCCAGCGCCUGGGAGACAACUCGAGCCAGUUGUGUCUGCAGCCGUUGGGGCAGAAGAAGUUUGGUGUUGGCGUGCCGGAGGAGGUCUCCUUGAGCGGGGGGAGCGAGGAGUCGCUGACUUUUGAGACGCGGCGGCAGAGGGAACGUGCUCUGGGUUAG